CGGAUGUAGUUCCUUUUGACGCCGGAAGUGGAAGCCUCUCUACAGACUGGUGCCAGGGCUUUCUAGAUGUCUAUGGCUGAGCCCUCGCCUUCUUCGUCCGGCUAUUGCUUCAUUCGGGGGUCGGAGUCCCGGAAAGGGGUCGCGGGAAAGCACUGUCCAUAUGAAUGAUCCCAGCCCUGUUUUUCCAACUACAUUUUCAAGUCCUUGUGUCCAUUUGCCAUAAGAAGAUAUGAGUGGCUCCAAACCUGACAUUCUUUGGGCUCCACACCAUGUGGAUAGGUUUGUUGUGUGCGAUUCAGAACUCAGUCUCUACCACAUUGAAUCUGCUGUAAGUUCAGAACUCAAAGCAGGGUCUCUGCGUUUAUCUGAAGAAACAACAGCCACUCUAUUGUCCAUCAAUUCAGACACUCCAUAUCUGAAAUGUGUAGCUUGGUAUCCUAAGUAUGACCCUGAAUGUCUUCUGGCAGUUGGGCAGGCCAACGGCCGAGUCGUGCUUGCCAGCCUUGGCCAGGAUCACAAUUCAAAGUGCAAAGAUUUGAUAGGAAAAGAGUUUGUUCCCAAACAUGCUCGACAAUGUAAUACUCUUGCAUGGAAUCCACUAGACAGUAACUGGCUUGCUGCUGGCCUGGAUAAACACCGGGCUGACUUUUCAGUACUGAUCUGGGACAUCAGUAGCAAAUACACUCCAGAAACUCCAGUUACCACUGAGAAAGUCAAGCUGUCGGCAGGUGAUACUGAAGUAGGACUGGUUGUAACCAAACCGCUUUAUGAAUUAGGACAGAACGAUGCUUGCCUUUCUCUUUGUUGGCUUCCACGAGAUCAGAAACUCCUUUUAGCUGGAAUGCACCGAAACCUAGCUAUCUUUGACCUUCGGAAUACAAGCCAAAAAAUGUUUGUGAAUACCAAGGCUGUUCAGGGGGUAACUGUUGAUCCGUUCUUCCAUGAUCGUGUAGCUUCCUUCUAUGAAGGUCAAGUGGCCAUAUGGGACCUGAGAAAAUUUGAAAAGCCUGUGUUAACUCUAAUGGAACAACCCAAGCCUUUAACCAAAGUAGCAUGGUGUCCUACCAGGACUGGACUACUGGCUACUUUAACCAGGGAUAGUAAUGUUAUCAAGCUCUAUGAUAUGCAGCACACUCCAACGCCAAUUGGGGAUGAAACUGAACCUACAAUCAUUGAAAGAAGCGUGCAGCCUUGUGAACACUACAUCGCUUCUUUCGCAUGGCAUCCUACAAAUCAAAAUCGCAUGGUUGUUGUGACUCCCAGCCGGACGAUGUCUGACUUCACAGUGUUUGAAAGGAUCUCUUUGGCAUGGAGCCCAGUUACCUCUUUAACAUGGGCCUGUGGGAGGCAUUUAUAUGAGUGCACAGAGGAAGGAGAGGGAAGUUCCUCAGAAAAAGACAUUGCCACCAAAAUGCGCCUAAGAGCUUUAUCCAGGUAUGGUCUUGACACAGAACAGGUCUGGAGAAACCAUGUUCUAGCUGGAAAUGAAGACCCACAGUUGAAGUCGCUUUGGUACACUCUGCACUUUAUGAAGCAGUAUAAUGAUGAUAUGGAUCAGAAAUGCACAGGCAAUAAAGGAACCUUAGUUUAUGCUGGCAUCAAAUCAAUUGUGAAAACAUCUAUGGGAACAACAGAGAACCUCAGACACAGCAGGAGUGGAUCUGACAGGCAGUCAGAUAUUAUUCAGUAUCUGAGCGAGGAAAGGUCAUUGGCUUUGCAGCUUUGUGGGUGGAUAAAGAAAGGCACGGUUUUGGAUGUAGAACCCUUUCUACACUCCUUGGAACAAGAAGGAGAGUGGGAGCGAGCUGCUGCUAUAGCCCUGUUCAAUUUGGACAUCCGACGAGCGAUACAGAUACUGAACAAGGGAGCUUCUUCUGGAAAAGGUGAUCUAAAUCUCAAUGUUGUGGCCAUGGCGCUAUCAGGCUAUACUGAUGAAAAGAACUCUUUGUGGAGAGAGAUGUGUAGCACUCUAAGGUUACAGCUCAACAACCCCUACCUGUGUGCCAUGUUUGCUUUUCUGACAAGUGAAUCCGGUUCUUACGAUGGGGUUUUGUACGAAAGUAAUGUAGCUGUCCGAGACAGAGUGGCAUUUGCUUGUAAAUUUCUGACUGAUGCCCAGUUGAAUAGAUUCAUUGAGAAAUUAACAAAUGAAAUGAAAGAGGCUGGAAACCUUGAAGGGAUCCUACUGACAGGGCUCACAAAGGAUGGAGUGGACUUAAUGGAAAGUUAUGUCGACAGGACAGGAGAUGUUCAGACAGCAAGCUACUGUAUGCUACAGGGUUCUCCUUCUGAUGUACUUAAAGAUGAACGGGUUCAAUAUUGGAUUGAAAACUACCGAAAUCUAUUAGAUGCAUGGAGGUUUUGGCAUAAACGGGCAGAAUUUGACAUUCACCGAAGUAAGCUGGAUCCCAGCUCAAAACCUUUAGCACAGGUUUUUGUAAGUUGCAACUUUUGCGGAAAAUCAAUCUCCUACAGCUGCUCAAGCAUUCCCCACCAAGGCCGAGGCUUCAGUCAAUAUGGUGUCAGUGGAUCCCCAACCAAAUCAAAAGUCACAAGCUGCCCUGGUUGCCGCAAACCUCUUCCUCGCUGUGCUCUUUGCCUAAUAAAUAUGGGCACCCCAGUUUCUAGCUGCCCAGGAGGAUCUAAGUCAGAUGAAAAGGUGGAUCUCAGCAAGGACAAGAAAUUAGCUCAAUUCAACAAUUGGUUUACUUGGUGUCACAACUGUAGGCAUGGUGGUCAUGCUGGACACAUGCUUAGCUGGUUCAGGGAUCAUACUGAAUGCCCUGUUUCUGCAUGUACAUGUAAAUGUAUGCAGCUGGAUACCACAGGGAAUCUCAUCCCAGCUGAGAUGGUCCAAUCAUAAAAUGCCAGAGCAUUUCAGAACUGGAAUUCUUUAGAUCCGUCUCCGUCACAACUGAAACAGGUACCAUGGAACAAAUCACUCACAAUUUUCCUAGAACUUAGAAAUAAAUUAUUUUACAUAUCAGCAAUUUUAUGCGGAUGGUUCUGAUGUGGUUUGCAUGAGCAUGUCCUACUGGAUGGAGUCUCUGAAUGUGUAAUGUGGACUGUGUUCAAUGGGUUAUGAAGAAACUCAUUUCUGGAGUAUUUAUAGAGGACUUCACCGUAACAGAAAACACUCACAAGGAGACUUCAAGCAUCACACUGUUCCAGAUCUUAAAGCUUCCAUCUAAGAAAACUUCAUGUUUUGCAGUGUUCUGUGGACACUCUGAACUUUUCUACAAGUGUCUUGAGUUGUGCUGUCCAUUUGUUACAGGCAAAAAAAUUUUGCCAGCCUUUUCUUGCUCAGAUAUAUAACACAAUAGAGUUCUUGUUUAUAGUUUGUUCACCCUGCAGGGUGACAUUCCUAAGACAAUCUAUGAGUGAAUUAAGGCAUUGUGUUAAUUUGUAUGAAUUGUGAGGAUCCUAUUUGAAUGGUGGCAUGCAGUUAUAAGUAAAGGUUCCAAAUGAAAAGUUAGUGGAUUUCAGUGACCAGAAAUACCCGGGCUAGCCUAUAUCCUUAAAAUAUUAAUAUGAAUUGCAAAAAUUGAUAUGAUUUCAUGCAGUUGUAUGAAAGUUUUUGCUUUAGUUGAAUAGAAUUUUCAGCUUCAUAUACUAUGCAGUGAAGAAUAAACUGAAGGGUUAAAUUUAUUUACAACAUUUGGGUAAUUCGAUUUCACCUGUCAUUGUUGUGUCAUUCACUCCUUUUACUGAACUUUGAUGUGCACCAAAAAGGAAAUUUGAUUUAAUCCAUGUGAUCAAACAGAACCUUUGGAUUAAAAUAGUUCAUAGUCCUGAUUAAAACAGAUCUGGUGAAUUUAACUGCUGAUUAGCAAGUUAUAUAGCAAUAUAUGAACUAGUGUGGUAACUGUACUGUUUGUUACUCUUUCAUUUAAUUUUCUGCUGUUACUUUACCAACAAACCAAACAAAAUAUUCAAUGAAUAACUAGAAACUUGAACUUCUUUUGAACCUUUUCAGUGCAAUGUAGUGAUCAUUUGGGAUGUGUUAUGGCUGCUUACUUGACAAUCUUGUAUUUUUAGUUUUAAAUGUAAGGGCCUGGAUCCAAAGAACCAUGUGCAACAAUCUGUAUAUAUACUUGGACAUUCCUAAUUCUUUUCCCUGGUGCUUCAUUGAAAGUUACUUUUGGGGGAUGGGAAUACCCAGCAUUUGAAAAAAUCAGAGCUUAUUCUAAAACGUUGUAGUGAUGGGAACAGGGUGAAAGAAAAUAAUCAAACUCAUAAUAUAAAUAUUCACAUGGAAACAACUUCUGUUUGUACACAGGACACUUUGAAUCCAAGCCACAGUUUCUACACAUUGUUUUUUAAAGGGAAAGCAUAAUUAAAACAUGUAUUUUUUGUACUCAGGUGUGUUGCCCUUUAUUGAUUGCCUCAUUUAAAGGCAACUUCUGGUCAGAAUUAUAUUUUUACUGUUAAUCUGUAUAGAGAUGCAUAUCACAGAAGUCAGAUUGCUAUAACUUUUGUAACGUUGACAGCAUAUUAACUGUUCUAAUUCAUUUCUAGAAUUAAUUUUAUGCCCUUAAGAGCAAUAUAGACUUUAUUUUUCUAUCCUUGCUUUCAGAGUAUUAAGAGCAUGGAUACUAAUUUAGUUUUCUUCCUUUCUGUAAAAAAUAGUGAUAUGCAAAUAUGAAUUGUUAAGGUGUACAAAAUUUGUAAAAUAAAAGAAGCCAGUUUUGACUCAAGCAAUGCCUACGCUUACUUCAGCAGAUUACAACUGCACAUACAUAUGUCUUUUGAGGAGUGGAAUGGCCCCGAUAAAAAUGAAGUGCAUAGAAUUUCUGUACAAACAUUUUAAUAUUCUACAUGAGUAUUGAAAGGUUAAAUAGCUGCACUGCAAAUAUAUUGUUUCUAAUUUAGCCAGUAUUCAAAUAUUUGGACAGCUGUAUGUUUCUGUAGUCUAAAGGGUUCAAACCACUUGUUAAAACCACCUGAUUCUGUUUUUGAAACAAUAAAAAGUUCAAUUUGCUUCACA